GAGGAAGAUAAGUGGUCUUCACUCUCUCCCACUGCUUGAUUCUGGCAAGCCUGUAAGCCCAGCCGUCUCCCCACACACAUACUCUUGGUCUGGCUCUGAAUGCCCCGCAUUCUCCAGGCCAGAAUGUCAUACAUCUGCAUCCUGUCUGUUGCACAAGAGAGCAAGCAACCGCAGCCUCAAGCCCUGGAGGAGAAGUUUCUGAUGCUCCUGGGUCACCCCCAGCAGAUCCAUCUUCUAAAAUGAAGGGCAGCAGGAUGCCAAAGUCGCGUUGGGGGUGGUGGCAACCUACAGAAUCGAUGCUUGGAAAAUGCUGACGGGGCUACCAGCCAUCUGCCUUGUGGUUUGGGCCAGGGUGCGGUGAGAUGAUGCCUGGGAAACCUGCAGCCUAGGCAGUCCCUCAGUGAUGCGCAAAGCCCUCCAUCCCCGGAGCCGGCUCCACCUCUGGACUCUCCAGUUACUAUUUUUCAGGUAUCCAGGGACUUUUGCUUAACCACCAAGAACAUGUUUUUACUUGCUUGCAUUAUUACUCAUGUCCUGUUAAUACUGACUGAGCAUCCAACCACGGCAAAGACGAUGUGAGAAGGCGAUCAUCUCAUAAUUAGCCCCAUUUUACCACCAAGGAAAUGAAGGUGCAUACUGUGAGGUUGUCACCCGGCAGGUACCACCCAAGUGAUGACGCUUGGACCAAACCCAGGGAUGUGACCCCGACAGUCAGCCUGCCCACCAGGACCAUGUAGUUAUCAUCUGUUCCCACUUAAAAAAAAAGAAUCAGUACUUUGGAGUCAAAGAUUUGAUUUUCAAGGUCCUGCUUUGACACCCCAGAAAGUCAGACCCUGUUGGAAUAUCACCCUCUCCAAGAUGCUUCUCAGGAAUGUUCCAGGCCUCACUGACCCCACUCACUUUCAUGUACCCUCAUCGUCCAUAGCACACAGCUUACCCCUUCGUGAUUCUCCAAAUGCAGUCUUCUGCCUUCAGUUAAGUGAUGAUGGACAACACCAUUGGAUACCAGGAAGACAUGUCAAAGAAAGGAAAGAAGAGGACAUGGUUUGACAUCGAUCCUCCUGGAGAGCCGCCAGUGAUGGGGAUAACAAGACUGACGAUCAGCAACUGCCCCGAACCGGCUCCAAGGAGCAGCAAAGCCAAACUGCCCACUUGGGGUCAACAGGAGAAACUGACCAUUGAAGGGGAAAAAUUGGUCAAAGAACAGGGACAGCCUUUGACCUCAGCUACGUUGUUCUAGCCUCUGUUGUCUGUGGUAACUACCGCGGUUGGUGCCAAUCAUAUUUAUUGGGCAUAUGUGCCAAUCCUCCCCUAUUAAGGCCAAUUACAUGGGAGGAUUCUUCUGUUCCAGUUUUCAUAAAUGACUCUUCUUGGUUACCUGGACCUCCUGACCCAAGCCUUCCUGUAAAACCAGAAGAGGGCUGACAACUUUCAAAUGUUAGUGUUAAUUAUACUGUGGAAACAGAUCUUACCCCUAUAUGUAUGGGAGCAGAAACUCAUUGUCUUAAAAGAGGAUUACAAAGUUGGCUAUCUAUAGUUAAAGAACCUCAAGUGAACAAAAUUCAUUUUUUCUUAUUAGAAUCAUUUUCCUUUAAUAUCAUAGGAGAAAAUACUACUGUGUUUCCGCCCCAUCUACCUAACUGUAUUAUUUCUAUAAAAUCUGGAAUAGAACAUUGGCUACAAUGGAAAUUAUGUAAAGCUAAUACUGGACAUAUUAUGGCCAAUACUUCUGAUGGAGAAAUUAUUGAUUGGAGUCCCAAAAGAGAUACUCUGGAUAAUAAUAACUUGGAUUUGCCUACAUUGUUAAACAAUACUUUAGACUCCAUUAAUAACAUUGUUAAUAGCUCUAUAUAUUGGCAUGGAGGGAGUUUCUCCCCUCCCUUACCUCAAUUACCUAAUAUGCCUUUACAUUCAGAAUUGUGGAGAAUAUCAGCUGCCUUCCAACUCAUAACAGCAUGGAAGGGGCAGUUUAAUUCAGUAUCCGGUCAUUCCUUACGUUUUGAUAAAAAUUCAACCCAUUGGAUUAAAGCAUGUGCUCCUUUACCUUUCAUAUUUUUGAUAAGACCUACUUUUUAUAAUGCCUCUUGUGGGUUACUUACUUGUCAAAAUUGUUCCUUUUACGCUUGUAUCAAUUCUUCUCUCCGAUUUCACAAUGAUUAUUCUGUUUAUAUUCUAAAAACCAGAUCUGGAGUAUGGGUUCCUGUGAAAAUGAAUAGACCGUGGCAGGAUAGCCCCACAGUCUAUAUUGUAGAAGAAAUCCUUAAGAAAGUGUUAAAACACACUGACCGGUUUAUUGGGUGGUUAAUUGCUGCCAUGUUAGGAGUUAUUGCUGUAGCUGCUACAGCAGCUGUAAGCAGGAGCGGCGUUACGUCAGAGUGGACAGACCGUGCCCUUUGUGCAAGAAUGGCAUAAAGACGCUGAUGUUCUCGGGUCUACCCUAAGACAAAUAGAUGGAAAAUUAGCUGCACAAAUGGCUGACUUACAACAGGCUGUUAUACUUCUAGGUGAUCAAGUAAGUAUCUGCAGAAGCAGAUUCAUCUUAAGUGUGAUUGGAACACUGCUUCUUUUUGUGUUACUCCUCACAAAUAUAGUGAAUCUUCAUUUCAUUGGGACAAAGUUAAACAACACCUCUUAAAUCAAAGUAAUCUAUCUCUGGAUAUUAAUAACUUAGAGCAAGAGAUUAUGGAAACUUUCUCUCAGAAACUACACCUUUUGCAUGGAUCUAAUCUACUGGAAGCAGUAGCAGAUGGAAUUUCUCAAUUAAAUCCCAUUCCUCACUUGAAAACUAUUAGAGGAUCAAUGGCUGCUUUUAUGCUAAUUUUUAUAUGUCUUUUUUUCUGUUUCUACAUAGUCUGGUGGCGAAUCACCAAGAAAGUCGAUGGACAACAACAGCAAUUAGCGACUGUUGCUUUGGCUUCUAUGAUUAACAAUAAUCACCAAAAAGAAGCUUAAAAAAAUAAAAAAGGGGGAUAUGUAGGGGAUAUGCUAUGCACAGGCCUGUACUAUAAUUAACAGGGCUUCUUUGAAAAACAAGAAUGACUUUCUCAUCACCCCCAGGCAAAGGGCUGGGAGCAGUAAAAAGUAUAUCAUGGAAAAACAUCUUGAAAACAAGUGUUGAAGUACUGAUGUGACUGAUGGAAAAGCAUUAGUGACUGUUGUUGUAACCAGAGCCUUGAGGAAAUUGCUGAGAAAGGUUGUCACUAGCGGAAGAGCUAAACAGAGUCAUGAAAGUCCUGAAAGUUUGACAUUGAGGACUGUGCAUUGUAUAUCUUUAUCUGAGAUUGUAAAAAACAGAUAUCUCUAGAGCAUGUACAAGGUAGUAGAUGUUAGCAAUGAAAAGCACGCAAGGAUUAGGAUCUGAGCUUUUGCCUGCGAGCGGCAUCAGCUCCUUGAUCCCCACCUUAUUUCUGAGUCUUAUUUUUCCUUAUUCUUCUGUGGCACGGUUCCCUCAGGUUGGUUCAUUGUUGGGCUGGUCCCAACAUACUACUUCCCCUAGUGCCCUGGAAUAAACCUAGAAUGAACUCAUAUUUUUCUAUGCUUAGUGCUGACAAGGUAGGAAAUAACUACUGUUAAAAUCUCCAUUUAGGACUUCCCUGGUGGUCCAGUGGAUAGGAAUCCUUCGGCCAAUGAAGAGGACAUAGGUUCAAUCCCUGGUCCGGGAAGAUCCCGCAUGGCGUGGGGCAACUAUGCUUGUGUGCUGUAGCUACUGAGCCUGUGUCUCUAAAGCUUGUGCUCUGCAACAAGAGAGUAACUCCUGCUAGCCGCAACUAGAGAAAGCCCAUGCACAGCAAUGAAGACUCGGUGCAGCCAAACAAACAAAAACAAACAAACAAACAAAACCCCUCAGACCCUCCAUUUAGAAACAUUAACUGAAGUUAAAUGACUUGCCUAAGAUUAUAAAGAUAGGAAGGAAGCACUAGAACUAGCACUUAAACUCAGGCUCUUAAAUAUCAUACUCUCUUGUUUCGCUCACAGAGAAUAACUAUUCCAUGUCAGGAGAUUUCCCAUAGCUCAAAUCAUUCCCCAUGAAACAGAAAGUCUAUUCCAUAGAUAUUUAACGUAACAGUUAACCUGAUACACAGAUAUGAGUCCUGUCAUUUGACACCAGUGUUAUAGAAAAGUUCCACUCCGCUUCAUAGCCUAUUUGCUCGUAUUGAAGUGCCAAACUAGAUUGCCGGAGAGCAAUGUAUAUUGACCUUGAAUGUUGACUUUACUCAUGAGCACACAUCUGUUUUUGUUAAUGGGGAUGAGGGCCAUCAGAGUGAGCUGUCAGAAGCAGACAUUCCUGACGUGGAAUUCUCUCCCAGUCUGUGAAGUGUUAUCUAUCAUCCCUCGGGCUGGAGAGCAGGUUGUCAGUUUAGACAGUGGCCUGUUGAACCCAGAAGCUUCUGGACUCUUCUGUUCUUUCAAAAGAGGCCUUGUUUCUUCAGGGCCUUCAGAUGAAGUUGAAUCUUAAAGGAGAUGUGAGAUUUCUGUGGAGUGACUACUUCAAAAGGACCCCAAGCAGGCUUGGAACAGUAAAAACAGCUCUGUGGGAGUCCUAUCUAAACACUCCUUUCUUUUCCAGCAACAGAUUCCAAGUACAGGAGCUGACCUCUUUUCUGAUCUGCCUUCUCAGGGUCACGUUCCCCCCACAGCUCUCCUUUGCCCACUUUUGUAUCCACUGCCCCAGCUCUAGCUUGUGUGGGGGAGGGGAGGUUGUCCAUGUUGGGAAUGGUUUCCAUUUCCUUCCUUGACUGACAUUCUUUUAUAGCCCACGUGACACACACAUUGCACGGGCAGCGUUGCCUUGUAACGUGUUGGGCAUUAGCAGCCUUCAUGUGUUUCCUUGCAAGUUCCCCAUUUGUCUUCCAUGAGGGCAGUUGGCCCUUAUCCUGACUGACCUCUGUUAGACAGGCACAUAGGUCAGUUAGCAGGUUUUGUGGGGACUUGGCUUUGUCACUCAGCUACCUUACCUGAAGUGUUAGGCACAAGUCCAGCUCUUUGUGAUCCCAUGGACUGUAGCCGGCCAGGCUCCUCUGUCCAUGGAAUUCUCCAGGCAAGAAUACUUGAGCGGGUAGCCAUUCCCUUCUUCAGGGGGUCUUCCCAACCCAGGUCUCCUGCAUUGCAGGCAGACACUUUACCGUCUGAGUUACCAGGGAAGCCCUUACCUGAAAGAAGAGUUGAUGACAGGACUACAUGCUCCUUGGAGGCAAGCAAUUGUGACUGGGUUUGGGAUCCACUCCACCACCCCAAGCGAUUAGAACAGUUGUUGAUUCGUCGACUGACUAAAACUGUAUCCCCUGACAUUUUGGUAGAAAGUGAAGCUUUUUCAAAGAGCAGUGUAUGAAAAAACUAUGGAGCUGUGAGGUGUGAAUCCAGACAGUCAUGACACUAAGUCUGCUAAUGAGGUGGUAUUCAUAGUCUGAUUUUAUAUUUCUUUUCUGACUCAAUAAAAAUGUGAUUUUUUUUCUUGGUUACAAAAGGAAUAUGAUGACUUAUGGUUCAAUAAUUCCAUAUGUAAUUUCUUAGGAUUUUAACAUUUAUAUCCUGCUCUGAAUAGUUAUGCUGUUUAUCAUCUGAGAUAUCUGCUCAUUUCACUGGGAGAAGCUUUUUUUUUUAUUAUUUUUAUUUUUAAAAGCCAGAACAUUUAUUGCCCAACUAAUUGUUGAAAUCCUUAAGAGGAACUGGAUGUUUCAACAGCCGCUUGCUUGGGUUUAGGUGUUGUUCUUGCAUGGAAUCUGUGCCUGAAUCUGAGGUAUAAAAUUUUUAGGUGCCUCAUUCGACCAGUCCCUGUAGUAUUUUGUCUUUUAGCUUUAGCAUUCCAAUUAUACUUUCUCUUUCACUUGGUCGGAUAACCAAACUUUAACCGCAGGUCAAUUUCUUAAGGUGGUAGGCCUUCGAGCUGCAGCAGCCGAGACCAAAGAGUGGGAGAAGCAUUUUGAAAUGCAUGUUACCUCUGGUCAUCCCAGCCAUGUCCCUUCACCUCUCUAUCCUCUACACACCACAUAAAAGCUUUCCCAAAUUAUAACUUGGUCAAAUCAAAGGAACUAGAGGUUUGCAUCUUGGGCAAAUAACAGGUAGUUAAAGAUAUGAGCCAGAGGGGACCUGCACCCACUCUGAUGCCCUUGAGGUAGCUGGACCUGAAUAAGCUAUGUCUAAGUGUGAGAAUUGGGCAUGACCUUCAAGGUUGUGGGAAUCCAGAUGGACUUAACUCUUCCUGGAGCUUCCCCUGCCCAAGCUUGCAGGGCAAUGAGCCAUCAGCACUGAAUCUCAUGCCUUUACAAUGCAGAGGUCCAGAUUCUCCACCACCCUGGAAGCUAGGACAGAUACCUGGUAUUGAGCUUCCUGCCUAUUUUUGUCCUUUGGGGCACUCAGAUUAGAUUUAAUUUAAUGCAGAAAAAUAAGGAAAUACUCAUAUGUACUCUGAGUGUGGUGUAAGAAUUUUUAACUGUGAAUAAUAUAUGAAAGAAAAAGUCAACCUCAAUUUCAAACAAAUUAAAAUUUAAAUGAAUUUUUUU